GGUGAGUAUUCUUGAGUAAACCUUCAUGCUUAUUAAGUCGAUUCAGAAGAUUUUGGACUCAAAAGAGAGUUUGAUGACCUUCUUGUUCAAUUCUGACUGUAAGGGUAGAACAGACUUUUGAUGUAUUAUGGCUCCACCACCUGAUGACACUAAUGUACUCUUUGUCCAUCUCAUUGGUAUCAUCGGAUUCGGAUGGUAA